UGUCGCUGUGCUCCUGACUAUAAAGGUGGCCUGGCGUAAAAGUUAGUUCAAAAUCAACGUUGUUACAGUCAGGAACCUACCUAACCUAGGCUGGAAGAUUUGAGUGAGACUGCUACUUUAUGCACUUACGGUGCGGUAGGAUCAAUAUUGUCAGAUAAUGACGGAUUUACAACUGAAAUUUUUACAGGGCCUCCCAUCUUAGUUAUGUCUUAGUCUAGGCCAAAGACAAUGUUGAAUCUGAGAGUCGAUGACACUUAUGAAAUACCACAUGCGCGAAUGGGAAAAAAAAUCCAUUAGGCGCUCAUUAACAUUUUGUCUGGUUGUAUUUGACCUGAAUGACAACCUCGUUCUGCUAACAUUACUAGCUCCUCGGUUCCCUGAGAACGUUUUACUUCAUAGUGACAGCUUAGGGACGUCAUAUCUCUUUUACUAGGUAGGCAUCUUCCUCGUAGCCGUGCUCAUGAAUUGGCAUAUAAUAUGCGUGCUACGCUACUGUCAGUUAUAAGAAUACCGCUGAACUGCAACCCGUUAGCAACCGGUUUGAAUGAGAAAGGUGAAACUAUUGAGACAUAUUGACCAUAAUAACAAUCAUGCAGAAAGUUCACACAGCCUUUCUAUUACCGUUUCUAAUCAGCCAUGCAUGUGGGCAAAAUAUAAGCUUCAUUUCAGACCCCGGGGUCCUGGGGCCGCCGCUUGAGGUAGCUCAUGCUUAUUAUCAACAAUGGCCAACGGGGCUCGAUCCUAGGAAUGCCUAUAACGGCGUCAAUGAUGUCUUCACUGUUGGAGAGCUCACGUCGCUCACACAAGAGGUUGCCUAUCCAAACUUGGAGAUGAACCAACCUCCAGGAGGAGCGAUCAACUAUACUACCAUGCCGCCAACUGGUAAAAACUACCAACAAUACCUGAUCGGAGUCCAGUCAGUGGUUAUCGAUUCAUUAGACCGCUUAUGGAUCCUUGAUACUGGCCGUGUUUUGACUGCUGAUAACGUUCUAUUGCAGUCGGUCUAUGGGGGUCCAAAGCUUAUUGGGGUGAACCUUGAGAACAACACAGUGGUCAAAACCAUUGUAUUCCCACCUACCGUCGCCUACGGGGACAGCUAUCUGAAUGAUGUGCGUUUCGACCUUCGAUCUAACCUAUCGAACUCCUCAGGCGAGGGGUUUGCGUAUAUCACGGAUAGCAGCGCGGAGGGCCACAACGCGCUUAUCGUGGUAGAUCUCGGCUCAGGCGAGAGCUGGAGACACCUUGGGCUGAUAAGCGCUGUGAGGUCCGUGUCCCAGUUUCUGCCGUUUAUCUGGGGCCAACCACUUUACUACGCCCAGGCUAGAGAGCCUUAUUCGACAUUUUCGAUGGGAUCUGACGGCAUAGCCUUGUCUGCGGACGGUGAAAUGCUAUAUUGGUGUCCGAUCGCUUCCCGGUAUAUGUUCGCUGCCCCGACAGCGAGGCUCCGCGACCGAGGAGAGAGUAGCGAACUCCUAGCUCAGCAGUCAGUGGUGAACCUCGGAGAGAAAGGCCUGAGCGAUGGUCUCGAGACGGAUAGUAAUGGUAUGAUAUACGUUGGAAAUAACGAAGGAAAUGCGAUUAAUGUUUAUAACCCUAAUAAUGGGACGGUCUUGACUUUCGUACGAGACCCGAGGAUCAACUGGGUAGAUACGAUGUCGGUUGCGACAGAUGGGUAUUUAUAUUUCACUGUCAAUCAGCUCAACUUCGGCGGGUUCACGUAUCCCAAAACAGAUCGGAGAGUGCGUCCCUUUGCGCUUUUCAAGGUCAAGCUUCCUGAUGGUGGAUCCAAAGUGUCAUUGUUGACGCCGCAGAAACGAAGAGGCUUUUAAAAUUGUGAUGGUUUGUUUAGGGGUUUUGAAAGCUUUGACGGUGGUAUGAGCUUCUGUCUAAUAAACCCCUACUUCUUUAUUUUGUUCCCCUGAAUUUUUAAUAGUACUGGCAGGAGGUAUUGUACCUAGCUAGCUCUGAAUGCAGACCUGCAUGAAAGUUGAACCC